AUGUUUGCAACAAUUAAACUUCAAUUCGUCAUCCUCGCCACCGCCUUGGCUUGGGCUAAUGCUGGAAUCCUGAGCAGCCCCGCCAUUGCAUCUUACUCAGCACCCAUCGCUGCUGCCCCCCUGGUUUCCUCAUAUUCCGCCCCUCUGGUUUCCUCAUACUCCGCCCCGCUGGUUACCAAAUCCAUUGCUCCAGUGGUAUCCGCUCCAGUCGUGUCUUCUUACACAGCCCCAUUGAUCUCAUCUCCAGUGGUCUCUUCAUACGGUGCCCCUGUGGUGUCCUCCUACUCCGCGCCGCUCGUAGCCAAACCUUUUGCCACUCCAGUAGUGUCUUCUUACUCUGCGCCUCUUGUGACCAAAUCCUUUGCUCCAUCGGUCGUCUCCGGCUAUGCUGCUGCCGCCCCAGUCAUCUCCUCAUACUCUGCACCCGUCAUCUCUAAGUCCAUCUGGUAA